AUGGAACAGUUAAAUAAUAUCACUAUUUGGGAUGUUAAAGAUGCAUUCAAUAAAGUGAAAAAUGUUGUAAUGAAUUAUACAGAAAUGGAAGCUAAAGUACGUGAAGCAACUAAUAAUGAACCUUGGGGUGCUAGUAGUACUUUAAUGUUAGAAAUUGCUCAAGCUACAUAUAAUUAUCAAUGCUUCAACGAAAUAAUGACAACAAUUUACAAAAGAUUUAUAGAAAAAGAAGCAAGAUAUUGGAGACAAAUUUAUAAAGCACUUCAAUUGUUGGAAUAUUUGGUGAAGCACGGUUCUGAAAGAGUUGUGGAUGAUGCACGUGCACAUAUAGCUUCUAUAAAAGUAAUGAAAAGUUUUUCUUAUUUUGAUGAAAAAGGAAAAGAUCAAGGCUUAAGUGGUAAUUAUAAAGAUGGGGAGGGGUGCCAGUUGAAAUGGAUGACGGAGGUACGAAAUAGAGCAAAAGAACUUUCAGAAUUGUUGAAUGAUGUAGAAAAAAUUAGAGCAGAACGUAAAAAGGCUAGGGCUAAUAGAGCAAAAUAUACAGGUGUUAGCUCAGGAUCUGUUAGUUAUGGUGAUUCUUUCAGCAGAGGUGGAGGAUUUGGUACUAAUGGUUAUUACGGCGGGGGUGGUACAAGUAAUGGCAUUGGUUUUAGCAAGGAAGGUCUAGUGCUGAUUCCAAUAAUAGGAAUAGUUUAG